GUUGAGCUCUCGGACGAAACGGGAUUUCAAGGAAGAAAAUGGCUGCCCCCAUGAAUUUAAAAUUGAGAUGUUUUUGUAAAAAUAAACAGUUUUUAACUGCGCUUGUUGCUCAACAUGAUAGUAAAUUCGACAGAAAUCUUCAUUCACCUUCUGGAAAGGAAAAUCUAAAAGAAAAGCCUGAAAUUAGUGUUGAUUCUGAGGGGUUUAGACGUUACGUCCUGAAGAAAAAGGGACAGGGGAGCAAGUUUGAAAAGAAGAGAUAUGGAGAUGUCAGUUUGCCACCACUGACACCAAGAUCAGCAAAGAUGCCAGUGAACCAAGACUGGACAAAUGUUUGGCCAGCAGCCCAGACGUUUAAGUGGUCUGUUGUCCCACUGCCCCUCAGACAAGGAGCAUUGAAGAUACCAUCUGAGGCUAAGGGAGAUGGGUUCCCUCCUGACAAGUAUGGUAAUACAGAACUGUUGAAGAUUCCAAAUUUCCUCCAUCUUACACCAAAACAUAUCGAGAAGCAUUGUAAAGCCAUCAAGAAAUUCUGUACAUCUUGGCCAGAUGACCUGUCUGAUCGUCGUAGAAUGAAGUAUCAUUUUCCUGUGGAAGUUAUUACUGAAGAUUACCUGUUUGCAGGACCGUCAGUUCGAGACCCACGUGCUAGAGUGGUCACAAUGAAGUUUAGGACGGGAGAUCUCAAGCUAGACAAGCAUGCUGAAGAUAAAUUUCACAGACUGGUUGGCUCAUGGGAAAAUAAAGUCACUCUUAGAGCUGACAGAUGUCCAACUAAGAGACAGAACUAUGAUUAUUUACAGUAUUUGCUCACAGCUCUUUAUUUUGAAUCUUGGAAAGUGGAGCCAUGGGAGUCAGAGAUAACACCUGAAGAUUUUAAAGACUUUGCUUGGGAUUACAGCCCUAACAAAAAAUCUGUUGUUGAAUUGCUGAACAUAUACAGGCAGAAAUAUGAGUCAAAUGAGGAUCCUAACAAAGAGAAGCAACUCCCGUAUCUUCCUGAUGAAGAGAUAACUGUAGAUACAGUUAACUCCCUUGAACCAGUGACCAGUUAUAAACAAGCUGUAGAAGAGUUACAUAAUGCAGGAGAAAAUAUCACCACCAUUAACAACUAUAAAGACUCUGUGAUUAAAAUGCUUAACAUUCAAAGGAAGUCUCCAGUGUUAUAGUGCUUUAAAAUGAAAAAAUAAUAUACAAAAAUAUGAAAUUUAUCACCAUAAAUAAAGUGUUCUUGGUUUAUA